ACAGGAUUCUGUUUUAGAUGCAUCAAAGGUAUGGAAGUGUUGAACACUGAACUGGGACAAGAUGGUAAGGGAAGCCUCCGUCUCAGCAAGUGGGCGAACUCAGACAACCAACCCAAGGCAGAGAGACUACUAUUGGCUCCGGUCCUUCGUCGCUGGGGGUGUUGCAGGAUGUUGUGCCAAAACCAGCAUUGCGCCACUUGACCGCGUGAAGAUUUUACUUCAAGCACAGAAUCCCCACUAUAAACAUCUGGGUGUGCUGGCUGCCUUACGUACCGUGCCAAGGAAAGAGGGAUUCUUCAGCUUGUACAAAGGAAACGGCGCCAUGAUGGUGAGAAUAUUUCCCUACGGAGCCAUCCAGUUCACAGCAUUUGAGAACUACAAAAAGCUUCUGAGCCAGCAGCUGGGAAUAUCUGAACACAUCCAUCGGCUUAUGGCUGGAUCUAUGGCAGGAAUAACAGCUGUGAUUUGCACGUACCCCCUGGAUGUCGUCCGUGUCCGUCUGGCCUUCCAGGUGAAGGGGGAGCACCGAUACACGGGCAUUUUCAAUGCCUUCCAGACCAUCUACAAGAAAGAAGGUGGCGUGUCGGGCUUCUACAGAGGGUUGGUACCCACUAUUAUGGGCAUGGCGCCAUAUGCAGGUUUCUCUUUUUUCACUUACGGUACACUGAAAAGCCUGGCGCUUGCUCAUGCUCCAGGGGUCCUGGGCCGGCCGUCCUCCGACAACCCAGAAGUGCUGGUGCUGAAGACCCAUGUCAGCCUACUUUGCGGUGGCAUGGCUGGAGCUAUUGCACAAACCAUAUCGUACCCUUUGGACGUGGCUCGUCGACGGAUGCAGCUGGGGACAGUCCUGCCCGACUCUGAGCAUUGUCUUACCCUGACCAGGACCCUGAAGUAUGUCUACAGCAAGUAUGGGGUUAAGAAGGGACUUUACCGCGGCCUGUCCUUGAACUACAUCCGCUGUGUGCCCUCUCAAGCUGUGGCCUUCACCACAUAUGAGUUUAUGAAGCAAGUCCUCCACCUCAACUAAAACCAAAAGUGUCUGUGUUGCUGCUGUUUGGUUUGUGACGCACCCCCAGUGGAUUAGUCUGGACUUCAGGCUAAAUCUGCGGAUUGCCAUAAAUGUACACAAGCCUCUUGUCCUCAUAUUUUCACACGAGGGCUUCAUGAAAACACUUCCUGAAAUUCUUCCUAAGAAAUUCAAUGAGAUGUAAAAAAUUUGGGAGGUUUGGGAGGAACUUUGGUGGUAUGAAGUCAAAUAAUUUCCCACUACAAAUUGCUGGAUAUCAAACUGUGGCACACUAUGAUCAGGGAGUGACCGGCCAGGGAGUGGUAGUGGGUGGACUUAUAGCUCAUCUUAUUCCUUUCCCCCAUAUUAAUUUAAUACAGGCAAUAGGGGCACAAAAAAGACAACAGCAAAAGGAGGGC